GGUUUCAAACUAUCGGCUCCUCCUUGGGCAAAAAGAGUGAGCCAGAGAGAGGCAGCGAGUGAGAAACAAAAGUGGGGAGAAGAUGAAGACGAUUCUAUCUUCGGAGACGAUGGACAUUCCCGACGGCGUUAGCAUCAAGGUUAACGCUAAGGUCAUCGAAGUUGAAGGACCUCGCGGCAAGCUCGUCCGCGAUUUCAAGCAUCUAAACCUCGAUUUCCAGCUAAUCAAGGACGAAGAAACUGGGAAACGAAAGCUCAAGAUCGAUUCGUGGUUUGGAUCGCGCAAAUCAAGCGCUUCCAUCAGAACUGCUCUUAGCCACGUCGAAAUCUCCGGCGUAACCAGAGGUUUCCGAUACAAGAUGAGGUUCGUGUACGCUCAUUUUCCCAUCAACGCUUCAAUCAGCGGCCAUAACAAGUCCAUCGAGAUCCGUAACUUCCUUGGCGAGAAGAAGGUGAGGAAGGUAGAGAUGUUGGAUGCUGUGACCAUUGUUCGAUCUGAGAAAGUGAAGGAUGAGAUUGUUCUUGAUGGUAACGAUAUCGAGCUUGUCUCAAGAUCUUGCGCUUUGAUCAACCAGAAAUCUCACGUCAAGAAGAAGGAUAUCAGAAAGUUUCUUGACGGUAUCUAUGUAAGCGAGAAGAGCAAGAUCGUUGAGGAGGAAUAGAUCAUAGUCUCCUCUCGUUCUUGUCUUUUGAAUGUUUAGUUUUUGCUUAGUGGAUCAAAUCCACCUGGUGUCAGCUUAUCCAUUGUUCGUUUUUGUUCUAGAUUUUAUUUAUUUCUGCACAAGUUUUGAGUACAACAAUCUUUUUACCCUCCUCUCUCUCGCUCUCUUUGAUUUGCCACAAUUAGAAAUCUCGUCCGAUAAUAUGACGUUUCUUUGUAUGUGGAAGAGAAUUGGUUGUGCAAUGGAAUUUAUU